AUGAAUUUAAGUAGGACAGGAGCUGUGAAGCUAGGGAAGGUGGGAGCAGGGAAGGCGGGAGCAGAAAAGGGAGCAGAGAAAGGGGGAGCAGUGGAGGGGGGGAAGGAAGGAGCAGGGGAGAUAGGGAAGGAGGGGGCAGAGGGGCUAGGAGAGAAGGUCGCAGUGAGGUUGGGGAGAGAGAGGGAAGAAGUGGAGAAGGUGCGGGCAGUGAGGCUGGGAAAAGAGGCAGCAAUGAAUUUGGGGAAGCAGCAGGUAGGCAACGGGAGCACCACACCACUCCCUUCCCUACCACCUUCCAUCCCGUCCCCCUCGUCAUUUCUUACCUCGCCGCCUCUCUCCUCCUCCUCCUCCUCCUCCUCCUCCUCCUCCUCCUCCUCCUCCUCCUCCUCCUCCUCCUCCUCCUCCUCCUCCUCCUCCUCCUCCUCCUCCUCCUCCUCCACCUCCUCCUCCUCCUCCUCCCCUCCUCUUGACACCUCAAACACACCUCCUCCUUCACCGCCCACUCCCACUUCGUCUCCUCUCUCUCCGCCCCCUCCGCCCACUCCCUCCCCAUCUCCCCUCCUCGCCGCUCCAGUGUGCUCCUGGGCUGGAGUGGCACAACUAAGAUGGUCCUCCCUCUCCUCCUCCUCUUCCUCUUCCUCAUCUGUAAAAGACAGCAGUGAGUCAGGUGCUGAGACCAAGGCAGGGAGAGCAGGCAGCUCGCGAUCCCUGGCUUCUACCUCUGCCCUCGACUCCUUCUUCGACCCUCUCGAGUCCUCCUUCUCCUCCUCCGCAUCUAUAAAAGAAGGCAGUGAAUCAUCAUCAUCAGCAGCAGCAGCAGCAGCAGCAGCAGCAGCAGGUCAGCCAACCAAGGCAGGGAGAGCAGGCAGCUCGCGAUCCCUGGGUUCUACCUCUGCCCUCGACUCCUUCGACCCUCUUGAGUCCUCCUUCUCGUCUUCCUCCUCCUCUUCAUCUGUAAAAGACAGCAGUGAGUCAGGUGCUGAGACCAAGGCAGGGAGGGCAGGCAGCUCCAGGUCCCUCGCCUCCACCUCGGCUCUCGACUCAUUCUUCGACCCUCUCCAGUCCUCCCUCACCACUAGUCAUAGCACUCAACAACCCAAGGCAGGGAGAGCAGGCAGCUCCAGAUCCCUCGCCUCCACCUCUGCUCUCGAUUCCUUCUUCGACCCUCUUGAAUCCUCCUUCUCCUCCUCCUCUUCCUCCUCCUCAUCCGGUUCUGUAAGCAAGAGCGGUGUUGCUUUGGGAGCAGCAGCAGCAGCAGCAGCGGCAGCAGGAGCAGGAGGAGCGUCAGGAGCGCGAUCAAGAGCGGUUGAGAACGGUUACAAAGGGAAGAGAUCGACAGCAGGGUUAGUAUCUGUCACCGGAUUGGCUGGUUUCAAUGCUGAGGAAACUUCCCAGAAACACGAGCAGCAGGAGCAGGAAAGGCAGAGGCAGGCAGAGGAAGGAGUGUUUGCUACAGUGCUGACGUCAGCGGCUGACAUCAUCCCCGUGGCCGUGUGGAUCCGAUCCUUCCGCCGCCAUCAUUGCGGGCGGGCAGACGAGACAAAUAGCACCGGUGGCGGCAUUGUCAGCUCUGGCACUGAUGCCUCAGCAGCGUUAUCUAAAGAUGGGUCUACAGGGAAGCAUGGCAAGCAGAAAAUGAGGCAUGGGUGGGGGAGGAGGGGGGAGGAGAGAAGCAAGAAGAGGGGUGGAGGAGGAGGGGGAGGAGGAGGGGGAAUGGGAGGACGGGAGGAGGGGAAGGGGGCGGAGGGGAUGGGAGAAAGGAGGGUGAUGAAGGGCGGCCGGGCCGGUGUGGAUAAGGACAAGUGUCGCCGUACGCUGCUGCUGGUGUCGUCUAAAGUGGCCAAGGAGAAAUGGGCGCCCUAUGACUUUGAGUCGCUCUUCUGGUCCGUGCGAGUGGUCGACCUCGUCUCUGUGCAACACCCGCCAGCUCGUGCCGCCCGACCUCUGCCGCCCGACUUCAUGAUUCUACGGCUGUGGCAGCAGGUGGGUUCAGUUAACGUGGCAGCCUGCCUGCCUCUCCACCUCUUCUCCCACCACCGCCCCUUCACUGCUGCCCCCUGCCGCUGUACCCUUUGCCCCUGCCCGUUUUCCCCCUGCCCGUUUUUCCCCUACCCGUUUCCCCCCUGCCCGUUUUCUCCCUGCCCCAUUUCUCCCUGUCUCCCUUCCGCCCCACCAACCAUCAGACGGACAUCCCACUCAUUGCCUACGUUCAUCCGCUCUCCCUCUUCUGGCGAUCCUGCCUCCAACUCUUCUCCCACCACCGCCCCUUCACUGUUAUCCCUCUCUCCCUACCCCCUCUCUCCCUGCCACCCUUUCCCCUGGCUCCCUUAUCCCUCUGCUCCAACCCCAACCAACAGGUCGACAUCCCACUCGUUGCCUACGUUCAUCCCCUCUCCCUCUUCUGGCGCUCCUGCCUGCAACUCUUCUCCCACCACCGCCCCUUCGUUUCUGCUCACCUCCCAACCCCCCUGUCUCCCUCCCGUCCUCCCCCCCCCUCAAUAUCCACAGACCGACAUCCCACUCAUCGCCUACGUGCAUCCCCUCUCCCUCUUCUGGCGCUCCUGCCUCCAACUCUUCACCCACCGCCAACCCUUCGCCGCCGCCUCUCUCUCCCUGCCUACUCCCAUACCCAUGCUCCCCACUCCCUGUCCCCCUCUUCCCCCCAAAUAUCAACAGGUUGACAUCCCACUCGUUGCCUACGUGCAUCCUCUCUCCCUCUUCUGGCGAUCCUGCCUGCAACUCUUCUCCCACCACAGCCCAUUUGCCGCCGCCCCUCUCUCCCUGCCUCCUGACCGCUUCUCCACCUCCACUCUCCUCCUCGCUCCCUCAGAGAACCUCUAUCAGGUGCGUCUAUUCUAA